UAAAAUGUCAAAAGCUUAAUUCAAUGUAGCAUUUGUUUUUUAUUACUUCACUGAAUACUGUAUUUCAACUUAUUGUUAUAAUACAAUAGAAAUAUUUCAUUUUAACAAUGGAAGUCCUUGUUGCUAACGUUGACCAUAUUAAGUUCGAUAUAGAUUACGCUUUGGAACAGCAAUAUGGAGCUUUACCCUUACCAUUCCCAGGAAUGGAUAAAUCCACAGCUGCUGUAUGCGAAUUUUACAGUAACCCUGGAGGUUGCAACAAUGGUCCUCAGUGCCCGUACAGACACGUUCGCGGCGACCGCACAGUGGUAUGCAAGCAUUGGUUAAGAGGUCUUUGUAAGAAGGGUGAUCAAUGUGAAUUCCUCCACGAGUAUGACAUGUCUAAGAUGCCAGAAUGUUACUUCUAUGCCCGAUUCAAUGCAUGCCACAAUAAGGAAUGUCCAUUUUUACACAUUGAUCCUGAGAGCAAGAUUAAAGACUGUCCAUGGUAUGACCGAGGCUUCUGUCGACAUGGUCCACACUGCAGACACAGGCAUGUCCGUAGAGUUCUGUGCAUAAAUUACUUGUCGGGGUUCUGUCCAGAUGGGCCAAAUUGCAAAUACAUGCAUCCCAGGUUUGAGCUGCCUGCACCACCUGAGCAGACCAAAGAUGCCAAGAGACUGCCAGUCUGCCACUACUGCUCUGAAGUUGGGCAUAAGGCAUCAUCUUGCAAUAAAAUUCCUCAAGAGAAAAGAGAAGCAGCCCAAAGACAAGAGGAAGCGAGAUACAGAUCCCUGGGUUAUGUCAAGCCGGUCAGUGAAAAUGAUGAUGCCAAUGCUCAUCGCCUCCGUCUCAUGCACAAGCCAUUGGAAGAAGUCACAUGUUUCAAGUGCGGAACAAAGGGCCAUUAUGCUAACAAGUGCCCGAAAGGUCACCUUGCUUUCCUCUCCAAUCAGAAUACUCAAAACAAUCAGACUAUGUACAAGAAAAACUAGUAUAAGUAUGUGAAGCCAUCUUAAACUGGCUUCAGUAUAAGCUUACAAAUAGCUAUAAUAUUUGAACAACAGACACUGUAUACAACUCAGAACUUUUUCAAUGGUGUAAAAAAAAUUUAAAACUUAGUCUUAGGAAUGAAGUGCAGUGGUGAUAAUUGUUAUCAGUGCUUAUAGUGCUAUAAAUUUAACUGGCCUGAUGGGUAUAAGUGAAACUAAAGUGGCUGUCUUGUUAGGUUUUGUUUGACAAUUUUAUGGCAAGCGCCAUUCUUAAUGGGUCAAAUUGUGGGAUUAAUUAAUUGUAUGCUUUAUUGUUCACAAAUUGUGUAAGCAUAAUUUUUCAACAAUAACGUAAUUGUAGUAUGUAAUUAAAUAUUGUAAUGUGUAUACCUUAUUAAUAAAAUAAAAAUAGU